GCUGCUGACUGUGUUGGACUCCGGAGCGUCACCCCGACCUGACGCACUCUUGUACCAGAGCGCAGCUGUUAUCAUUACUUCAUCUCUUAUUGGAUGAAGACCGAGAGAGGGGCAAAGGCAAACAAGUGGACAGAGAGAAAGCGUGUUUGAGAGAAGGAGAGAGAAAAUUGGAACCCAGCGCUGUGCUUCAUCGAUCUGCAGAGGUGCACUGAAGACCUUCUGUCGGACAUUGGCCACAUCUGAUCUUUCGGGAUUUUUUUUUUUUUUUUUUUUUUUUUUUUUAGGGGGAAUGCCAAAAGUAGAUUCACUCUUUGGAAAAUGCUUCUGGAAAAUUUGGUAGUGAUUGUGCUCUGUCUGUGGGGUACUGAUGUCAGCAGAGCUUACGUGUUUCAAGCCAGCCGACCUUCAGAGGGAGGCGACAACCCACCACCUCCUAUUAAAGACAUUUCAGAGUGGGUCAGCUCAGCAGGCUCCUGUAAGGGGAGGUGCUUUGAGCUAGAGGUGGCCAGCCCUCCCGGAUGCAGAUGUGACAAUCUCUGCAAAACCUACUACAGCUGCUGCUCUGACUUUGAUGAACACUGCCUGAAAACAGAGGGAGGUUUUGAGUGCAAACCAGAUCGGUGUGGGGAGGAGAGGAAAGACAACCAUGCCUGCCACUGCUCAGAGGACUGUUUGGAGAAAGGAGACUGCUGCUCCAAUUACAAAUCUAUUUGCAAAGGUGAAACUUCAUGGCUGCAAGGAGACUGUGAGGAGAUCAAGAGUCCUGAAUGCCCUGCAGGCUUCAUCCGUCCCCCUCUCAUCAUGCUCUCUCUUGAUGGGUUCCGAGUCUCCUACCUGAAGAAGGGCCAGUCUGUUAUUCCAAACCUUCAUAAACUUAAAACAUGUGGUACAUCUGCACCGUACAUGCGACCAGUCUAUCCAUCAAAAACAUUUCCAAACUUGUACACCUUAGCAACAGGUUUGUACCCAGAGUCCCAUGGGAUUGUGGGAAACACCAUGUAUGAUCCAGACUUUAAUGCCACUUUCACCCUGCGUUCCAGAGAGAAACUGAACCACCGGUGGUGGGGUGGACAGCCUAUUUGGAUCACAGCAGAGAAACAAGGAGUGAAACCAAGCACGUUCUUCUGGCCUUGGGUGAUUACUCUUGAAAGGAGGAUUUUGACCAUUCUGCGUUGGCUGCAUCUGCCUGAUGAUAUAAGGCCGUAUGUUUAUGCCGUCCACUCAGAGCAGCCUGAUACCUACGGGCAUCGGAUGGGGCCACUCAGCAGUGAGCUGGAUAACCUUUUGAAGGAUAUUGACAACAUCAUCGGCCAACUCAUGAAUGGACUGAAGCAGAUGAACCUGCACCGCUGUGUCAAUGUCAUCAUUGUAGGAGAUCAUGGGAUGGAGGAGGCUCACUGCGACAGGACAGAGUUUCUCAGCAGCUACCCACUCAACAUAGACGAGAUCACGCUGAUCCCUGGCUCACUGGGCAGAAUUCGACCCCGCAACCCAAAAUCUACCACAUAUGACCCAAAGGUUGUGGUUGCAAACCUCACUUGCAAAAUGCCAACUCAGCACUUCACGCCAUACCUGAAGCAGCAUUUACCCAAGAGGCUUCACUACGCCAAUAACAAAAGGAUCGAGGAUGUCCAUCUGCUGAUGGAGAGGAAGUGGCACAUUGCCAGGAAAAUGCCAGAAAAACCGAGGACUCGAUGUGGUUUCUUUGGUGACCACGGCUUUGACAACAAGAUAAACAGCAUGAGGACAAUCUUUAUCGGCCAUGGGCCAAGCUUCAAAUUUCAGAAGAUGGUGCCAGAGUUUGAGAAUAUAGAGUUAUACAAUGUCAUGUGUGACUUGUUGGGGUUGAAGCCUGUUCCAAACAAUGGGACACAUGGAAGCCUGAAUGACAUGUUGAAAGAACCACCUUUCCAACCCAGUAUGCCAGAGGAAGUCACACCACCGUCACAUACAUCUGCCUCUGAAAUCAGCCAUGAUCUGGGCUGCAGCUGUGAUGAUGAGAAUAAAGUGGAGAUCACUGGAACAUUCACUCGCGCAUCAGAUGGGGUCUACAAUUAUAACAGCACCCAACUACCAUUUGGUCGACCGGCAGUGAUGUUUGACACUCAGUACAGUCUUCUUCAUCAUGUGGAGUUCAUCAGUGGAUAUAGCAAAGAGCUAGCCAUGCCUCUGUGGACAUCAUACACAUUGCCACGACAGGAGGACAUGACUCCUAUACCAGAUGUUUCCACAAGUGCUCAGUGCAUCCGAGUUGACACCAGAGUGUCAGCUGAUCACAGUCAGAGCUGCACCACCUACAGUCUGAACAGCCACCUCACCUACGGCUUUCUUUUCCCCCCAGAACUGGCAACUUCUCCAGAGUCCAGAUAUGAUGCAUCACUCAUCACCAACACCGUCCCCAUGUACCCUGCCUUCAAGAGAGUGUGGAGUUACGUACAGGGGGUGCUGCUGAGGCGUUAUGCAGAGGAAAACAAUGGUAUCAAUGUUCUCUGUGGACCUGUUUUUGAUUACAACUACGACGGCCUUCAGGACACCACAGAAGAGAUAAAAGAGUUCUCGGUUGAUGCCCUGCCUAUUCCUACCCAUUUCUAUACUGUGGUUACAAGCUGCGAGGAGGUGAACCAGACAGUUGAGGAGUGUGAUGGAGCGCUCAAGGUUUUCUCCUUCCUUCUUCCUCAUAGAUUGGACAGCAAUGAGGCCUGCAAUAGUGCCGAGGAUGAAUCGCAGUGGGUAGAAGAUCUGCUGAAGCUCCAUACAGCCCGAGUCCGAGAUGUGGAGAUCCUUACGGGCCUGGACCUCUACAGAUCCAUAAACCUCACUUACACCAGCACCCUGAGUCUCAAAACCUAUCUGGAGACCUUUGAGAGUGAUGACUAGAAACACGGAGACAGACACACACAUACAGACACAUACAGGAUAUAGCCCUUUGUAAAAGUCCUGCAUUUUUAUUGCAUGCUCUCUGGAAAAACAACACAAUGCUGUUCCAGUCCUGAGGAACUGCCCCAGAAGUACUUGGAAAAGGGAACACAUAGUUGAAAAUUACAGGAUUACAACAAUGGUUUGUUAUGACAGGAAUAUUCAAUCCUAGCCACAAAAUCUGUUUAGGAAUAAGCUAGCACAGGAAUGAUGCAGAGUGGGUACAGUACGCAUUCUAACACACGCAUCAAGAGCCAUACCAUUGUUUCAUCUCUGAUGAUUUACACUUCAUAUAUACUGGCAUAUGCGCCACAUGCUAUGAAAUUUAAAUGUAAAUGUAUUUAGUUCAUUUAUAAAAAAUCAAUUAUUAGUUUUGGUUAAAGGAAUAUAAUCAUUGUGAAGCAACACAGUGAGAAUUGUUCAUUCCAAGCUGUGAGCAAAAUAACACUGAAGUAAGAAUGAAGUGGUUGAAAAA